UUAUAAAUACAGCUAAAAUAACUAAGAAUACUAUUAAAUACAGCUAAAAUAACAAUGAAAAUUAUUAAACAGGUAAACCAAUUAAGAAUACAAUAAACACAUGUAAAAUAACUAAGAAUAGUAUUAUAUACAGGUAAAAUAACUAGAAAAAAUAUUAAAUACAGGUAAAUAAUUAAGAGCAUUUUAAAUACAGGUAAAAUAACAAAGAAUAGUAUUAUAUAUAGGUAAAAUAACUAGAAAAAAUAUUAAAUACAGGUAAAUAAUUAAGAGUACUAUAAAUACAGAUAAAAUAACAAAGAAUAGUAUUAUAUACAGGUAAAAUAACUAGAAAAAUAAUUAAAUACAGGUAAAUAAUUAAGAAUAGUAUUAAAUACAGGUAAAAUAACUAGAAAAAUAUUAAAUACAGGUAAAUAAUUAAGAGUACUAUAAAUACAGGUUUGACAGCGCAUUUCAGCGGCUUCUCCCUCCUCUGCACUCGUGCACUGCAGAGAACGCCCCUGGGCGCUUCGGCAGAAAAACUAGAGAGUAUAUUUUCUUUUUCCCCUCUAAAAGAGUAUAUUUCUCUAAAAGAGCGCACACACGGAACGUCUUUUUAAAGACGCGUCUUUCUAAAGAUGCCUUUCCGUUCGCGUGUUAUUCCUGGUUGCGGUCGUUUUCUCUCAACUUCGGAUGGUCAUGAUCGCUGUCUUUCGUGUCUGGGCGUGACCCACACGGAGGCAGCGUUUAUGAAUGGUUCAUGUUCUCACUGCGAGAACAUGACCAUGGCAACGUUGCGGUCGCGGCUUGCUUUCAUAAGGAAGCAAGCCACCCCAGCGGCUCCCCGCCUUGGUCCUCCUACCUACGGGUAUGAGGUCAGCGCGGCUAGCACUGGGGGCGAUUUGGGGACCUCAAUGGCAGACCUCCCAUUCCCCAGCACGCUCGUCUGCCCCAAUCGGGCUUCCGGAUGAGUUCGCCGGCACGUCGCAGAUGAUGAGCUCUCGAGCGCAGCAUCGGAGAGCGGGCUUGUCCAGUCGGACGCAGAAGCCUCAGCUGGGCUUCCCCCUUCGGGGACGGUCGCCCAGUUACAGGCCGAUGCCGAAAUGAUGGACAUGCUUUCCCGGGCGGCCGCGAGCGUCGGGCUAGAGUGGAACCCUCCACUCUCCCCUGAACCCUCGCGGCUUGAUGAUUGGUUUCUGGGCUCGCGGCACCGCUCAAACCAGCCGCGCCACGCUCCAGUGCCAUUCUUCCCAGAGGUGCAUGAGGAGUUGACGAAGUCGUGGGAGGCACCUUUUACUGCCCGACCCCGACUCCGCAGUUCCCCCGCUCUCACUACCCUCGAUGGCGGGGCGGCCAGGGGCUAUACGGCGAUUCCCCCGGUGGAUAAGGCGCUCGCGGUGCACUUAUGCCCGCAGAGCGCCGCCACCUGGCGUGGACACCCUAAGCUCCUGUCCAAGCCCUGUAGGCUCACGUCAUCCCUGACGGCCAAGGCCUACAGCGCUGCUGGACAAGCCGCCUCUGCCCUGCAUGCCAUGGCUCUCCUGCAGGUCCAACAAGCCAAGGCACUGAAAGAACUGCACGAGGGUAGUUCCGCCCCAGAUUUGAUGCAGGAACUGCGCUCGGCGACUGACCUCGCCCUCCGGGCGACGAAGGUCACGGCGCGGUCUCUCGGGUGGACGAUGGCCACACUAGUGGUCCAGGAGCGCCACCUGUGGCUCAACCUGGUCGAGAUGGGCGAGGCCGACAAGACACGGUUCCUUGCUGCCCCCAUUUCCCAGGCAGGCCUAUUCAGCGACACCAUUGAGGACUUUGCCCAGCAGUUCUCGACGGUAAAGCAGCAGAUGGAAGCAAUCCGGCACAUCCUGCCCCGGCGCGGCUCAAGACCCCGCACCCCGUCUGCUCGUCGCCAAGGGUGUCCCCCUGCUCUGCCGCAGCCCGCCCCUCCGGCCCGGCCCCGGCGUGGAGCCCACCGCAGGAAGCCGAUGCCACCCGUCUCACAGCCAGCACCGAAGAACCCACGGAGGUCUUCGAAGCGCCCCUGAGACAGGCAACCCAGGGACGAGGGAACCCACUCACGUGGAGCUGGUAGAAAGACCACUCCAUCCCCCGGUGGAGGACCGGGUGGAAAAUCUUUUGUUGCCUUUUUGUUUGAUUUCGCCGCACGCCCAAGUGGCUGCGGUACCCAACAGUUCAGCAAAAGAGCGGCUUCCUUCCUCCCUGGGUCACAUACCCGGUGUGUACGGUCAUCACCACGACUACCGUCCACGGGCUUUAUCUUGCA